AUGUCGACAAUCUCACUGCCUUCGGAUUUUGAAUGGGGUUUUGCAACAGCAUCAUACCAAAUUGAAGGCGCAAUGGGCGCGGCAAGUCUAUCUGGGAUAUAUUUUGCCAUCUUGAACCUACAAGAACAAAAGGGGGCAAAUGGAGAUGUUGCUUGCGACCACUAUAACCGAUUUGAAGAAGACUUCGACAGUCUCUCUAAAUACGGUGCAAAGGCGUACCGAUUUUCAAUCUCCUGGUCUCGAAUCAUUCCUUUAGGGGGUAGAGAUGAUCCGAUCAAUGAAUCGGGUAUUGCAUUUUAUAGCAAACUCAUCGAUUCCUUGCUCGCCAGAGGAAUUACACCAUGGGUUACUCUUUAUCACUGGGAUCUCCCUCAGGGUAUUCAUGACCGGUACGGAGGCUGGUUGGAUGUGGAAGAGUCGCAGCUCGACUUUGAGCGAUACGCGAAAGUCUGCUACGAGCGAUUCGGAGAUCGGGUCAAGAACUGGAUCACACUCAAUGAGCCAUGGAUCGUUUCUAUAUUUGGAUACGCCACUGGAGGCAAUGCACCUGGAAGGAGCAGUACGAACCCUCAGUGUGCUGAGGGAAAUACUGCCACAGAGCCUUGGACCGUCGGCAAAGCCUUGAUCAUGAGCCAUGCUCGUGCCACAGCCCUGUAUAACCGGCAUUUCAAGGCUUCUCAAAAGGGGAAAAUCGGGAUUUCUCUGAAUGGGGAUUACUACGAGCCUUGGGACAGCCAGGACCAGCGCGACCAGCAAGCUGCAGAACGCAGGAUGGAAUUUCAUAUUGGAUGGUUCGCCAAUCCGUUGGGGGACCGACUCCCUAGAUUUACAGGCUCUGAUUUUGCCCUGCUCAGAGAGGCCGAUAUGGACUUCUACGGAAUGAACUAUUACACCUCCCAAUUUGCCCGGCACCGCAACGUGCCUGCCGCCGAAACUGAUUUCUUGGGCAACGUGGAUGAAUUGCAAGAAAACAAGCAAGGUGUAUCAAUUGGAGAGAAAAGUGGAGUGCAUUGGCUCCGGUCCACCCCCGAUCUUUUCCGGAAGCAUUUGACACGAGUCUAUCGAAAGUAUGGGAAGCCAAUUUACAUCACAGAGAAUGGAUGCCCGUGUCCUGGUGAAGACAAAAUGACUUGCGAAGAGGCUGUCAACGAUACAUACCGAAUUCAAUACUUCGCAGAUCAUCUUGAUGCGGUUGGUAGAUCGCGCGAAGAUGGGUCUGAUAUCAAAGGAUAUUUUGCGUGGUCUUUGAUGGAUAAUUUGGAAUGGUCCGAUGGAUACGGGGUUCGCUUUGGCGUUACCUUCACUGACUACAAAACUUUGGAACGGACUCCGAAGCGAUCUGCCUUGCUUUUGAAAGGUAUGUUCGAGGAACGUAUGAAUUUGGAUACUUCCAACCCGCAAUCUCGCGCAGGUGAUAUAGGUUCAGACGAGCCUAGGCCACAUAUUUGA